GCGCCUGCGGGGGUGGGCGGGAGCGCCCGGCUGCAGGUGUCCGCGGCGUAGGCAUUCGGCGGCGAUGGAGCGGCCCGGGGGAGCAGCGGACAGCCUCUCGCACUGGCCCCACGGCCUCGGCCUUCUCCUCUUCCUCCUCCAGCUGCUGCCGCCGGCGACACUCGGCCAGGACCGGCUGGACGCGCCGCCGCCGCCCGCUGCGCCGCUGUCGCGCUGGUCCGGCCCCGUCGGGGUAAGCUGGGGGCUGCGCGCGGCCGCGCCCGGGGGCCCGGCUCCCCGCGGCGGCCGUUGGCGCCGCAGCGCGCCCGGCGAGGACGAAGACUGCGGCGGGGUCCAGGACUUCGUUAGCAGGCUGGCUAACAACACACACCAGCAUGUAUUCGAUGAUCUCAGUGGCUCAGUAUCCUUGUCCUGGGUUGGAGACAGCACUGGGAUCAUUCUAGUCUUAACCACCUUCCAUGUACCACUGGUAAUUAUGACUUUUGGACAGUCCAAGCUAUAUCGAAGUGAGGACUAUGGAAAGAACUUUAAGGAUAUCACAAAUCUCAUCAAUAACACAUUCAUUCGGACUGAAUUUGGCAUGGCUAUUGGUCCUGAGAACUCUGGGAAGGUGAUUUUAACAGCAGAGGUAUCUGGAGGAAGUCAUGGAGGAAGAAUAUUCAGAUCAUCAGAUUUUGCAAAGAACUUUGUCCAGACCAAUCUCCCUUUUCAUCCUCUGACUCAGAUGAUGUAUAGCCCGCAAAAUUCUGAUUAUCUUUUAGCUCUCAGCACUGAAAAUGGCCUGUGGGUGUCCAAGAAUUUUGGGGGAAAGUGGGAAGAAAUCCACAAAGCAGUCUGUUUGGCCAAAUGGGGAUCAGAAAACAUCAUCUUCUUUACCACCUAUGUGAAUGGCUCCUGCAAAGCUGACCUUGGGGCACUGGAAUUACGGAGAACUUCAGACUUGGGGAAAAGCUUCAAAACCAUUGGUGUGAAAAUCUACUCAUUUGGUCUUGGGGGACGUUUCCUUUUUGCCUCUGUGAUGGCUGAUAAGGAUACAACAAGAAGGAUUCAUGUGUCAACAGAUCAAGGAGACACAUGGAGCAUGGCCCAGCUCCCAUCUGUGGGGCAGGAACAGUUCUACUCUAUUCUAGCUGCUAAUGACGACAUGGUGUUCAUGCACGUAGAUGAACCUGGAGACACUGGAUUUGGUACCAUAUUUACCUCGGACGAUCGAGGCAUUGUCUAUUCCAAAUCCUUGGACCGACAUCUCUAUACCACUACGGGUGGCGAGACGGACUUCACCAAUGUGACCUCCCUUCGUGGGGUCUAUAUGACAAGUGUGCUCUCAGAAGAUAAUUCUAUCCAGACUAUGAUCACUUUUGACCAAGGAGGAAGGUGGAAGCACCUGAGGAAGCCUGAGAACAGUGAAUGCGAUGCUACUGCAAAAAAUAAGAACGAGUGCAGCCUUCAUAUCCACGCUUCCUAUAGCAUCUCUCAGAAACUAAAUGUUCCGAUGGCCCCGCUGUCAGAGCCUAAUGCUGUUGGCAUAGUCAUUGCCCAUGGUAGCGUGGGGGAUGCCAUCUCCGUGAUGGUCCCAGAUGUGUACAUCUCAGAUGACGGGGGUUACUCCUGGAUGAAGAUGCUGGAAGGACCCCACUAUUACACCAUCCUGGAUUCUGGAGGCAUCAUCGUAGCCAUUGAGCACAGCAGCCAUCCGAUCAAUGUGAUUAAGUUCUCCACAGACGAGGGUCAGUGCUGGCAAACCUACACAUUUACCAGGGAGCCUAUCUACUUUACGGGCCUGGCUUCAGAACCCGGAGCUAGGUCCAUGAACAUCAGCAUCUGGGGCUUCACAGAAUCUUUCCUGGCUCGCCAGUGGGUCUCCUACACCAUCGAUUUUAAAGAUAUCCUUGAAAGGAACUGUGAAGAGAAGGACUAUACCAUCUGGCUGGCUCACUCUACAGACCCUGGAGAUUAUGGAGAUGGCUGCAUUUUAGGCUAUAAAGAACAAUACCUCCGGCUACGCAAGUCAUCUGUCUGUCAGAAUGGUCGAAACUAUGUUGUGACCAAGCAGCCGUCCAUCUGUCCCUGCUCCCUGGAGGACUUCCUCUGUGAUUUUGGCUACUUCCGUCCAGAAAAUGACUCCAAAUGUGUGGAACAGCCAGAACUGAAGGGCCACGACCUCGAGUUUUGUUUGUACGGAAGAGAAGAGCACCUGACAACAAACGGGUACCGGAAAAUUCCAGGAGACAAAUGCCAGGGUGGCGUGAAUCCAGUUCGAGAAGUGAAAGACUUGAAAAAGAAAUGCACAAGCAACUUUUUGAGUCCAGAAAAGCAGGACUCCCGCCCACAGGGACACAGCUUGUCCCAGAAUCCAGCUCCGCCUCCUCUGGGAUACACUGAAAACACACACUCCCUAUCUCCCACCCAGAAGCAGAAUUCCAAGUCAAAUUCUGUUCCAAUUAUCCUGGCCACUGUGGGAUUGAUGCUGGUCACAGUCAUAGCAGGAGUGCUCAUUGUGAAGAAAUACGUCUGUGGUGGAAGGUUCCUGGUGCAUCGGUACUCGGUGCUCCAGCAGCACGCAGAGGCUAAUGGUGUGGAUGGUGUGGAUGCUUUGGACACGGCCUCCCACACUCACAAAAGCGGUUAUCAUGAUGACUCAGAUGAGGACCUUCUGGAAUAGCUCCUCAAAAGAGCUGGGACCGAGUACGAAGGAUGGACCGCAGUACCUCCUACACUCCCUGUGGCUCCGACCUGGGGAAAUAAAUUUCCCAUUGCGAAGGGCCCAGCUCUGUUUCUGCUGCUUCCAUCAAAGCCAAAAGGACCUACACUAAAGAAAUAGGGGGGUGGGGACCCGAAACACUCUUGCCAAUUGGCUCGGAGAAGAGAGGGGAAACUUUUAAUUCUUUAACUUUACGAGUUCUGUGUUUUUGCAAGGUAUGGGCCCUUUUUGGUUUUGGUUUUUAAGGGAAAUGAAAUGGAAUUGAAGGGAACUUUUCACUAACCCCACAGUCACAUGUUUUGCGUGGCGCCUACCCCAGGGCACCAGCCAGCUUCGUCAUCAAUUCUCAUGAAGCCCUCGGUGCUGUCCCUGGGCUGUGCCAUCCCUGGACAGUGCCAGCACCACGAAGCAGCUGCAGAGAUGAGCAAAGAGGCUGCAAUGACUGGCACAGCCUGGGCAGCCUCUCUCCCUCUGGGGCCAGCCCCACUCCAAGCAUAGUGCACACCAGCUCCUCACAUAGAUCACUGCUUUUUGUUAUUUCUUUCAGGAGCCAUAGGCCACAGUGAUUUUUCUUUUCCCCUGUUUAAUUAGGCAAUACCCUUGUUAAUUGCCCUUUGGCAACUAACUUACAUGUGCUUCCAAGACACUAAAUCAGGAAAACCUAAAGGGCAAUAUUUUUAACUUGGGGCAGGAAGAAGGGAACAGCAGAGAAUUGACUAGAUUUAGCACCUAUUAAAGGAGAAAUUCUUGCUUCUUCCAAGAUCUUUCAAGCCAUGCCUUAUGUGUGUGCCAGUGGACUUGCUCAAGGAUGGGGCUCAAGCUGGGUACCCAGGCUGAGCAGCCUCUUCACUGCAGCGGCUGGUGGCGUGCGCAGCACAGCCUCUGAGGACGAUUCGUCCGUGAAUCAUUAGAAUGGCUGCUUAUUCGCUUCCUCUUAGGUUGCUGCUCUACAUGGAGCCGUAACUAGACAUGUUUUCAGUUUUAAGCUUUAAAAAAAAAAAAAAAAUUUCAGUUUUGUUACCAAGUUCUCCUCCUUGCCCCUCCACUUCCCCAGCUUUGCCAAGUAAUUUGUUGGCUUGAAACUUUGAGCCAAACCAACUGAAAAACAUGCUUCUAGUGCAGAUUGAUGUUGUAUGUGAUACAUUAAGUUCAUAUUUUAAAUUUAAUAAAAUGUUCCCUUUGACAUUUUUAAAAAAUGGCAUAAAUUAGAAAAUGUAGCGAGGCGGAUUUUUGGGUGGCCAGACAGUGAUGGAAAGCUGUCGUCGUUAGUUUUCGUACAGCGUGAUUGUUCUCUGUACUCGGACCCAGUAGUGCGUUUCCAGCCUUAGCGCACCCACUGUGCCGGUCACGGUCUCUCCCAACAGUGACGACUGGGGACAUUCUGUGGUAACUGCCAUUUUGCUGCUGGUUCAUUUUAUGGCUAGAAAGUCAGGAAAAGGUAAACGUGCCAAAUGAACUUUUGUCAGAAUGUGUGAGCAGAUGGCUGAAUUGUCUUCUCACCAGAAUGGAUUAACAACAGUAGGGAACGCAGGGGAGGGAGUGGAUGGAGAAUUUUAAAGAAACUUUGAAACUGCAGUAAGAUUAACGUAAGUCAGGGAACUAUAAAGUUAAGGCAGUUUUUGUAAAGAGAGUUCAUAUUUGUUAGAGCCAGAGAGCACUAGUUUUUUAGGAAAAUCUCAUUCCUUUUGUAAGGUUUUUAAAUUGAAAGUAAUUCCAAAGAUACACCAGCUCACAAAUAAUUAAAAAGUCUCAGCUUUUAUCCCAUUCACCCUCACCUCCUGCCCCAUGUGAAUUUGAUGCCCAGAGAAGACCUGCGUAGACCAUACACCCUUCUCCCCACAUGCACCCACCGAAGUAGAUGUGCCGACAUACGGUAAUUCUCUGAUUAGUUUUACAUGUAAGAGAGUUAAUACUCUUCUCUAACCAUGUAAGACUCGGGACAGUGAUACCUGGGGUUUCUGUAGAACUUGGUAGUUUUCAUGGCACUUUUUCACUUGCAUUAUGUCAUUUGAACCUCACAGCAUUCUUGUGAGAAUAAAAAAAAAAAAACACACAGGGUUUGUAAUCCCCAUUAGAGAUGGAGCUGAGGCACAAAAAUGGAGUAAAGAUGUCAAGGUCCCUGAGUCAUGAGUGGUGACGGUGAUUGUCUUCGGAUCUCAUGCACUUUGAUGGAUGCUCUUGAUGCCAGGUGGGAGCAGGCUGCUUUCUUACAAAUGUCUUGCAGUUCUUCAGGGCACGGGUCAGUGGCCUUUCUUUCAGAGCAGCAUGUAGAGCUCUUUUGCCAACUUGGUAAACAGGAAGUUUUUCGUGGCUGGAAGCAAAAGUAAUGGCAAUUUUGAGUAUGUGUUUAGAAAUCGCCCCUUACCUCAUUGAAGGUCACGGUGGUUCAAGAGUGUGGGAAUAGAGUCUCCACUGAUGAGUCACCCUCUCCAUUUCCCUUGUUCCCCACCCAUGACUGGCUGGAGAGCUUAGUCAGUUUGAGGACUGCUAGCAAGCCUGGCUGGCUAGCCUUCCGCAUCUCACAAGGGUAUGUCCCUGGCCCAAGAUGAAAACAGCCUAAUAGAGCCACGAUAGCUCCUAAGAAAAAGAGAUUUCUGAUUUGUCCUACUGAUGUCAGGUUGGAGCAUUAUCUCUGAAAAUAAAGUGUAGUGUCAGGCUUAAUAGCACAAGGGACUGUUUCAGUAAUAGAAGUUAGCAUCAUAAGGUAGGUUGGACAUAGCAGACUGUCCAGAGUGAUCUGAGCUCUGAAAUCCAGGUGGUGAACUCACCAUCUUUCAUGCUCUGUGGACAAGUAUCUUGGACUUAAGAGGGCUUUUGGUUUUCAGUGAGACCUGAGACCAGGGAUGCAUACACCUAAGCUGUUCAUCGAAUGGGAACGCCACUUAGAAGAGUGAAAGUGUUUGCAGGACUGUGGCAGUUCUAGGCUGGGCUCAGGAGAUUCAACAGAUUGGAUGUAACUAAAGCUUUAGAAUUUGUCAUCUGCCUCUGAAUAGGCUUUCUAGGGUGUCUGUCUCAUUCUUAGGUUUACCUCUGGGCCUCUGCAUGCCGAAGCUGGCCUUUCAUCCCUGGCAGAUGGGUAACGUGCUGGCCACCACUGGCUCUGUCAACCACAGCUGGUUCUCCCGUGGCCUUCACCAUGGGACAAGGAUAGAGGAGUGCAGGGCGAUCCCCAUGCACUCCACGUGGCAGGACUGGCCUAGCUUCAGUCUUUGUUUUCUAAGCAAGUGAUUCCAGUAGAGAGUUUCUUGUUUCCCCUUAGGAGAGCUUUAAAGAGCCCUGCUUCUGUAUGCAGUGGCUUUGAGCUCACCCUGCUCACUGUUGGUACUGCCCCCUUGCCCCACAUUAACCUGGAUACUUGGAACUGCUAAAAUAGGAAGAGCUUCUGCUUUUCAACUUUGCUACUCUCUUCUCUCAAGCAGAUAAAUAAACAUGGACUUACAUGUCCUUCAAACAAAAACCAAAGUUUUAGAUUUCCACAUGGUAGUGAUAGGGAGGCCAGACUGUUCCAUCUGCCACCAGUUUGCCCAGCUCAGGUUGCACCAGGGACACCGUCCUGCCCCAGGAGGGUCAAGGCCUCGCCCUCAUGGAGGAUGAUUGAAAUAGCAGGAAUAUGUUGAUUUCUUGGCUACUUUGCAUUAUAACAAAUAAGAAUCAGAAGUCUAAUUAGAAGUUGUCUUCAGCAACUUACUGUGUGCAUUUUUUUUCACACCGGUACAUUCUUAAGCAUCCUUGUUUAUAUAGAAUAACAUAAACUAAUCUGUACCUUUCUAUAUAUAUAUCUGUGUGUGUGUGUGUGUACAUAUAUACAUGUAUAAACUGUAUAGUGUACAUGUUAAUGAUAUGCCCAAAUCCUUAAUGCAGUUCUCAUCCUCCGCAUGCCCUCAGUUUGUGGUCACGUGACUUGAGUGUUCCUGAUGAUUCUGCCCACCUCCUGUGUUUGGACGUCUAGGGAGGAGGGUCGGGUUUUGAUGGUACCCUCCUCAUCCUCGUGCACAGAUAUGCUCAGGGUCCCCAUGUGUGCCUGGUAUCCAUCCCUCUCUUGUUUCCUGUUCCCUGUCUGAGCAUGUGGUCCCUCCUGGUUCUGUACCUUCUCUCCCUCCUCCCCAAGCUGUCAGAUAGCCUUUCUACUCAAAUCUAAAGCAGUAUUAAGAUCAUUACUGCAUGUGCACUAAAACCCCAAGUUUUCUGUUCCCUUGGGGCAGAAAAUUGCAUGUGAGGUGGAAUAAUCAAGUUUCAAUGACCUAUGUCAGUUGCACAACAAAGCCAGACCCCAGAAUAAAAUUCCAUGAAAUGGAAAUAAAACUCAAAUUUCUUUAGCACUGUGUAAAUAAAUCUGGAUGUGUUUAACUUUGUACUGGUAAUUUUCUGUAUAUUUGCAAUAUUUGGGUUAGAAAUAAAACAGACUGGACUUUAUUACGUGACCUACUAAAA